UCAGCUAUGAAGACUGCUUUUCUCUUGAUCAUGGUUCUGCUUGCUACCGUCGCCGCGAAUGCUGCAUCGAUGGCGAUACAUGAAGCAAGUAGCAUCCCUGCAAGUUUAGGUAAGAGACUAAGGAGCUUCCUUGGGAGGACUGGUGGCAUUUGGAAUUCAGUAAGCAUAGGAGUGGAAGGUGGAAGUGAAGUUGAUAGCUCCAAAAUGAGAGCAAAGGUGGGAGACAAAGGAGGCAGGCAUGUUGGGAGUACUUCUUCAAGCUGCAUGACUCUCGAAUAUUGCAAGAAGAACAAGGUGAUUUGCACCAAGAAGUGCAGCAAGCGGCAUGGCAGCGUCGUCGAGAAGAAGCAUAUCCCAAAGAAGUGCACUAUCAAGUGCAAGAAGUGCAUCCCAGACUGCUAAACAUCUUAGAUUCCCUUAUUUGAUAAGAAGUUAUUAAGAACAGGUUCUCUAGUUUGUUUGUCAUCUCUUCCUUAGGUUCUUUAUGUUGAAGCUCUCUUUUCUAGUAAUAUUGU